AGAAAAUUACAUAUCUAGACCAGGGGGUGGAGAGCUUCAGUCCCGUCCCAGGGAGUAGCUUUCUCCCCAGAGUUGGUUCCUGGAGCUGGGAGAAGCAACUGGGACAGCUCUUCCCAGGACUUGAUCUGUUUGGUAUUCACUAUGAAUACAAGGGUGGUUCUGGUCCUCCUGGCUCUCUCCGUUGUCACCAUUUUUGCUCUGGUUUGUGUUCUGUUGACUGGUAGGGGUGCUUCCGGCCAAACUCCUUACUGCCCCUCACGGACCCCUGUCAGUCAGUCUGGGCUGCAUUCUAAUAGGAGCCGGCUGUUCUCAGAUCUGACCCGGGAGGAGUUGGCCGCAGUGAUGCGUUUCCUGGCCCAGCAGCUGGGGACAGGGUUGGUAGAUGCAAGCCAUGCCAGCCCUUCAGACAACUGUGUCUACUCAGUGGAGUUGCAGCUGCCCCCCAAAGCCGCAGCACUGGCCCACCUGGAUGGGGGAAAAGCACCACCCCCCCGCGAAGCUCUAGUUGUGGUCUUCUUUGGCCGUCAGGCCCAGCCCAACGUGAGUGAGUUGGUGGUGGGGCCACUACCAAGCCUUUCCUACCUUCGGGAUGUGACCAUAGAACGCAGGGGGGGUCCUCUCCCAUAUUAUCGGCGCCCCAUGCUGAAGACUGAGUUUGCCCAAAUGUGGAAGCACUUGAAGGAGGUAGAGCUGCCUAAGGCGCCUGUCUUCCUGACUUCAGUCUUCAAUUAUGAUGGCUCUUCUUUGGCACCUGUGCCCUCACCUUCUCAUGGCUUUGGAUCAGGGGAGCGUACCACCUGGCUUGCCCUCCACCAGAAUGUCUCAGGUGCUGGCUUUUUUCUGCAUCCUGUGGGGCUAGAACUGCUGCUGGAUCACGGGGACCUGGAUCCAGCUCAGUGGUCCCUCCAGAAGGUCUACUAUCAAGGCUACUACUAUGAGGACUUGGGCCAAUUGGAGCAAAAGUUCAAGGCUGGCCAAGUGGAUGUGGUUAGGAUUGCUCCACCCUUGCCAGAUGGGGCAUCCUCUUUGAGGCCUAAGGUACCUCCAGGUCCUUCUCCUCCUCUGCAGUUCUCGCCCCAGGGUCCCCGCUAUAUUGUCCAAGGGAGUCAAGUAGCCUCUCAAUUUUGGACAUUUACCUUUGGCCUUGGGGUUUUCAGUGGCAUGAGGAUUUUUGAUGUAUGGUUCCAGGGGGAGCGGGUGGCUUAUGAGAUCAGUGUCCAGGAAUGUCUCUCCAUCUAUGGUGCUCACUCACCAAAGACAAUGAUGACCCACUACCUGGAUAGCACUUAUGGGAUUGGUCGGCACAGUCGAGGGCUUGUACGGGGAGUGGAUUGUCCCUAUUUGGCCACUAUGGUGGAUGCCUAUGUGCUGGUGGGGCAAGGGACAGCCCAGUUGCUCCCUGGAGCCUUGUGUGUAUUUGAAGAGGCCCAGGGAAUGCCUCUUCGAAGACACCAUAACCAGGCACAGGGUCGUUACUUUGGUGCCGUGACUGGUUCGGCUCUUGUUAUCCGGUCAGUGUCAUCUGUGGGCAACUAUGACUACAUCUGGGACUUUGUAUUACACCCUCAUGGAGCACUUGAGGGUCGGGUCCAUGCCACAGGCUAUAUCAACACAGCCUUUCUAGGUGGGGGAGAGGAUACUCUUCGCUUUGGGAACCGUAUAGGGGGACAAGUCCUGGGGACACUGCACACUCAUGCCUUUCACUUCAAGUUGGACCUGGAUGUAGCAGGGCUAGAAAAUUGGGUGGUGGCAGAGGAUGUGGUGUUUGAACCCAUAGCUGUGCCUUGGAGUCCUGAACACCAGCUGCAGCGUCCACAGCUGACAAGGCAGAUAUUGGACAGAGAGAAUAAGGCAGCCUUCCUCCUGGGAGAUGACCUUCCCAGAUACCUGUACCUUGCCAGCAAUCACACCAAUAACUGGGGUCACCGCCGUGGAUAUCGGCUGCAGAUCCAUAGUCCUGCUGGAGUACAUCUACCCCAGGAGACCAGCAUGGAAAAGGCAUUCAGCUGGGGAAGGUAUCAGCUGGCAGUGACUCGCCGGAAAGAGGAGGAGCCACAGAGCAGCAGCAUCUACAACCAGAAUGAUCCCUGGACACCAACUGUGGUUUUUGCCAACUUCAUUGACAAUGAGCUGCUCUCUGGGGAGAUAAUCACAGGUCAAAGUAAUGCACAAGUAUAAAAAAUGCGCAAGAAAUCAUCAUGGAAAUUGUUGGUGUGAAUAGAGGAAUCAGAAGGUUUUAUGGUAAAAGUGGCAUUUGAACUGGGUUUUAAAGGCUACAUUUAUCAAGGUGCAGAUUGAAAACAGAGUGUCCAGAAUACCAUAAACAAAGGUAUGCAGGUAAGAGAGUACAGAUAUAUUCAGGAGAGAAGUCUAAGUUGACUGGAGUGUAGUCUGUAGAGGAGAGCAGUAUGUGAUAAGGUUGGAAAGAUAGUAUUGCUAUAAAUAAAGACCAUGAAUAUCAAGGGAAGGAUUAGAAUGAGUUUUACUUAGUAAACAAUAAAUAGCCUAAAAGACAUUUGAAUAGUGAAAUUGAUGACUGAAUCAAUGCAUAGAGUUUAAUGUUGGCAGCAAUGAAAAAUAAACUUGAGAGUAGUAAAGGGUGAAGGCUGAAACUAUGGGAAACUUUUAAUAUUCCAGGUGGAUGGUAAUGAAGGUUGAUAUUAAAAUGGUGAAAGUAGGAUAAAAGAGAUAAUGAUGAUAGAUGUGUGAAAGGUUUCAAACAUACAAACAACAGAAUUUGGUAAGCUGAUUGGAUAUGAGCAAUAAGGGAACUUUAAUCAAGGAAAUUGGAUGAGUCAGUGACAGAAACGUUGAGGAAAAGUGUUGAGUAAAAUUCUAUUUUGGAUGUGCUGAGCUUGAGAGGUUUGUCCAGGUAGAGAUAAACAGUAGAUGUUUGUAGACGCAGAUGUGGAGCUUAGGUCAGGGCUGGAGACUUAGAUGUGUGAAUCCCUUGAAUAGAGGGAGGGAAGGGAAGAGAGAAGGGAAUAAGUAUUUUUAUGUGCCAAGACACUGUGCUAAGUGCCUUACACAUAUUAU